AUGGGAAACUACAGGUUCAGAUUGUCUGAUAUGAUGCCUAAUGCUUGGUUUUACAAACUAAGAGACAUGGGAAAAACAAGAAACCAAACACCAACAUCUCAACAACAUAGGAAGAAAAAACAAUCUUCAACCUCAAACACAACAAACUCAUCAUCAUCAACAUCAAAAUCAAAGCAACCCUACCAAAUCAAUCCAAGAAAAUCCUACUACUUCACAAGAGAGCUCAAGCAAACAAACAACAGAAUCUACAACACUUCACCACUACAAAACAACACAAAUUCCUCACCCGAGCCACCAAGAAAAUCAUCACCAAAACAAAGACCAAAAAGAAGAACACCAAAACCUUCAUCAUCAUCAUCUUCACAUGAUUCUCCACUACAUAGUUCUGCAGAAUCAGAAUCACCUGAUCCAGAAAUCAGAACAGACCGUGUUCUUCUACCAACAAAUGACAUCAUAAUCGAUGUCGACAACAAUUCUCUUGUAGCAACAAGAAAAGAUGAUAAGCUUAAAGGGUAUGAUUCAUUAUCAGAGCUCAUGAAACUUCCACCAAUUGUUACCAAACCAGAGAAUUUCAGCUACUUGCUCAACUAUGCAAAGAAGAAAGAAACAAAACCCAGAAGCAAAACUUCAUCAAACGACGAACACAACGUUAAAGGGUCACUAAAAGUCAAGAUUUUGAAGGAAGAACAGAGGUACACAAACUCAAACACACCAAGUAGAAGAUUUUCUGUUAGUUCACCAGCUGUGAAGCUUAGGAUCAAUUCACCAAGAAUUUCAAGCAAGAAAGUUCAAACACAUGGCCGGAAAAGCGUGUCGUCGAACGGUAACCGGAGAAGCCUUUCUGAUAGUUUCGCAAUUGUGAAGUCAUCGAUGAAUCCACAGAGGGAUUUCAGAGAAUCAAUGGUGGAGAUGAUUGUUGAGAACAACAUUAGAACAUCAAAGGAUUUGGAGGAUCUUUUAGCUUGUUACCUUUCUUUGAAUUCAGAUGAGUAUCAUCAAGUUAUUAUCAAAGUGUUCAAGCAAAUUUGGUUUGAUUUGACUGAUAAUAAUAAGUAG